UUACCAUGUCAGGCCUUCAGUAUCAUUUCCGCUAAUUAUGAACAUGCAUCUCCAUUCGAUCUUUCUUUUUUUGAAUCCCAAGCGUUUUGUUUAAAAGGUGAAUCCAUUCGUUUACAGAAUCCAUUUUUUUUGCCCUGUUGUUCUCUUCUUGUCUUGAGCAUUACUGGAGAACUUUGGUAUUGCUUUAUACGUCCCCAAGCAACACAAGAAAAUUCUAGCAAAGUUAAAAAAUUGUCAAAGUCCAAUAGUUUACUGGUAAACUAUAGGAUUUCAGUCUAUACUAUUCAAAGUAAUUGUUUGUCGGGAAUACUUAAAGAUCGUUCACUUAUCUCAAUGCCAUUGCACUCCAAUCAAAAAGAAACAUGCCAUCGCUUUGCCUCCAUGGCUGCAGAGGACUCAAGACGAGUUUGCUGUAUGAUUGACGAACAUAAGUACAUUUCCUGCUUAUACUUGGAGCUUCAUUCUGACGGCAUCGUUUCUAUUGGAUACAUUUCUGAGGAUAUUAGUACAGCAAGCGCAUACAAGAAAAACAAUUUGAAUUUAAACGACUUGACAGAUCAAACCAAGGAUUCUGUUCAAGCCGUUCAAAAUUGUCACUUUUUUGAUACAUUGGAAUUUUCAAAAAAAAACACUCUUUUAUUUUCCCCCCAUUCAUUAACAGCAACUCAAGAAUAUUUUGUUCAAUCUACAAAACAAAAACUUUUUUAUGAAAACAUGCCUCUGCCCAAAUUUUCUUAUACUGUUUGGCUCCCCCUUCACAUAUAUCCACCUAUCGUUUUAGCAGUUGAAAAAGACUCAAAUAGCUUGCUGUGUUUUGAGUUGAUGAUUCCUUAUGCUGCUAAUUCACCUUAUUUCCGUUUAAUUCCGUUCACUGGAAAUUUUCCUUCUUCAUUUGUACAAACAAAUUAUUUCAUGCAAGGUCACCCGCAAACACCUAAAAAUUUUCUUUCUUCCAUACAUCAAGUCCAUGUGGUUCCAUUACAAGAGAAUCGCUGUCUUAUUUUUUUAUUGAUUCAUUUAAAAACACAUGAGUCUAACUUCAACACCAUGGAUUCAUCUGAGUAUCAUCUUAUCCUUUUCAUUUGUUCUACAGUUAUAAAGAAUGGCAUUACGGAGAGUUUAUUACUUGAAAAACUUUUCGAUGGAUUUCUGACAUGUUUGUCCUCAUUACCAUCGACACUUUUAAAAACCAAUGUUACUCCAUCCUUUCCAAUUGAUUCAAAUCACUUGUUAGUGGUACCAAGUGUCACGAUUUGGGAUACGGUGAUUCCCAACAACGACUCGCUUUUCACUUGUUUUGCUACGUAUCCUAUCUUGGAUGGCUUUCCUUCCCCAGACCAUAUAACGCAUGAUCCUUAUGUUGGAAUUUAUCAAAUUCAUGAUUCGGUUGCGUCAGUUUUAGCUUAUGCGAAUUUGGAGAAUUCCGAGUUUGAAACAUUUCACACUGUCAUGGCACUCUGUCUUUCAAAAGACACUUUGGUGAUUUUAACAGCCCAAAGGCAUCUUUUGUUUUAUAAUUUGCUCGAAUUUCAGCCUUUUCGUCAUCUCCCCAGUUCAUCUAUAGAUCUAUUGUUGCAUCAAAUGGGAACGUCGCUUGAUGGUGAUCGACUCUCAAGAAAGGAUUAUUACUUUAUAAAAUGUUCACAGACAAUUAAUUUAAACGACCAUUUUCUUAAUAGUGUUAAUUUUUUAUCCUUGAAAUAUCAAGAACCCGUUUUAAAAGAAACCCCUUCUUCAUCAUCUUUUCAACCUCUUUCUUUCGGGAAAAAAAAAUCACUCGACAAUAAAAAAAAUACGCGGCUCGUAAACGAAACGUCUUCCGAUUCACUUUUUCUGCACACUACUCCACAUUUAGGCCGUUCAAGUUUAUUAAAAAUUCGCAGUUUCCAUCUUACACUUCUUCUUCUCGUUUCACUUGAGUUACCACUUUCUGAUGAAAAAACAGCCACUAUACCUUUUAUCUUUAUACGCCACGUCAAUCGUUUAAAGAAGAAAUGGAUACCGUAUUAUCAACUUUCUCCAAAUGUAGAGAAAACAAAAAAUCCAGUUUUUCUUCCCGGUACAGUUGCCUGGAAUUCUCAAUAUUCUCUUUCUCUUUUUAUACGACCCAUAGAUUUCAGCCCUCAUUCUAAUACAAAUAACGAACCUCUUCCACUUUUACAUUUACAAGUUCAAGAUGUCAGCGAUUCCCAAAUGCCUCCCAUACCUUUAUGGAAACAUCCACUGAAUCAAAUGCAGAAUCUUUUUCAAAAUAUAGCCCUAGAGCACAGUUGGAUUUUUCCUUGA